AGAAAGAGAAACCAAAGGAAAAAGAGGAUGAAACCCAAGUGUGUCCCAGGAUGAGGAAAGCCAAAGUUCCACAUUAUGAUACCACAGCAACCUUUGAAUGAUGAUGGAGAGCUUGUAUAUUGCCUUCCUCGGGUUCAUCCUUUUAAUGCGCUUUACAACCCAUAUGACCUUCAGGUAGUGUCCACCUCCAAGGCUAAACAAAGUGAAGAAUUUUGGAUUGUUACUGCAUCGUUUGUCUCAAAGGUUGUCAAUAAAGUUGAGGGCAUGGAUGUAGGAGAACUCACGCCUACUUUGCGAUGGCUAUCGGAAAGAAAAUACUGCUACUUAUUACAGCAUUUCAAGAUAUUUUCCAAAUUCCGAAUUAAUAAAACCUUUGUAACUUGGAGAUUGAAUGUUAAAAGAAUGAAGCCAGAAAGGAGCAAGUUAUUUCUGAGACGCCGUCUCUUUUGGGCUGAUGAAUUAUUUCAAGCCUGCUUACUUCGUAUAAGAGGAAUUUGUGAAGAUGCAAUUAAUCUUAAAAAUAAUAAAGAUGAAGAUAAUCCAUCUGCCAUAUGUCUUGUAAAGUUGGAUCAGUCUCGAACAUAUUCUCUAGAUGAAUUUUGUGAAGAACAGUUGCAACAAGCUAGCCAAGCAAUGAAAAAAUUUGAGGACGUCAGAGAUAAAGCAAUUUUGGAGUUAAAAAAUACAGUCUUAAAGGUUGCAGAAAAGAAGAAUAUUAGAGAUUAUUUUGAGCCCAACCUCUCUGCAAGUGAUACAGAACAUUUCAAGCUGCCUAAGUUUCGACGUCUGUUAGAAACGGUUUUCCAAUUCCUAGUGCUGGUUGACUACAUAUUUCAGGAACUCCUCCGUCAGCUUAUGAACACUGCAGUCACACUUCUCUGGGAACUCUUUGAUGGGUCUGCUAGCAUGCCAUUCUCAAAGGAAGAAAAGAAUAAUAAUCUCAUCAGGACAGUGAAGGAGAGCUUUAUCUGCAAUGGAAAUAUAAUAAAUGAUUGUGUUGAAAUUGAUUCAACUUCACAAGCUUUUUUGGUUCAGCAGUCAGAAGAAGAAAUAGAUACUGACAUUAACAAGACUUUGAAUUUGCAAACAAUAUAUGCACCAAUAUUUGAAGUAAAUCUGCGCUUGAGAGAGUAUACUGAGAGUAAUUCAUCAGAAGACUCCAAAGAGAGCUUUCAUGAAUGUGCCGACCAAUACUCUGAAAAGUACGUGCUGUGCGAAGAUGCCAAAGAGUCGGAGAAUGCAGACUACUACUAUGACAGCUGUAACUUCUCUGAAGAACUCCAGAAAACCAAGGAAACAAACAAGCCCUUGUACAGCCUCGAGUAUAUUCUAUCAGACACAGAAUUCACAACUGAGUUUGCGAAUAAGUGCAUAUAUGGCGAGUAAGUAUUCAACUUUUUUCCUUUUUAUAAGCCUGUGCUUUUUUGCUUUAAAACUUAACAGUUUGCCACAUUCACAUUAUAUGAGGACAUUAUACUCAUAUAUACUAUUUUUCCUGAAAAUGGAAUUGUUAAUAUCACAAAGCGGGGGAUUCAUGAUACUGAUCAUUAAUGGGAGCAGAGGCUCUGCAUAUUGUCAGAUUUGGUAUUAUUUGGUGAAGUGAUAUUUAACUAU